CGCACGACAGCGCGGGGCGCGCGCGCACCCCUGAUCUCUCCACCUGCCCAGCACAGCCAUGCCCAGAAGGACCUUCUGAGCGCACAGGGCACGGGAGAGGCCAGCCCGCGGGACGCCCUCGAGGGAAGGCUUUCUUUCUGCCUCCUCCUUCCCUCCCCGUGUCCCCCCUGCCCCGGGGCCGGCGCCUCUGCCACCAUGGUCCGGAAGCCGGCCGUGGCCACCAUCUCCAAAGGCGGUUACCUGCCGGGCAGCACGAGUGGACGGCUGCCGUCCACAGGGGCCCGGGCCGCCUCCGGCCAGGAGAGGGUGGUCCUGAAGAAGAAGAUCACCCUGCUGCGGGGGGUGUCCAUCAUCAUCGGCACCAUCAUCGGGGCCGGCAUCUUCAUCUCGCCCCGCGGCGUGCUGCAGAACACGGGCAGCGUGGGCCUGUCCCUCACCGUGUGGACCGUCUGCGGGCUGCUGUCGCUCUUCGGGGCCUUGUCCUACGCAGAGCUGGGAACAAGCAUAAAGAAAUCUGGUGGCCAUUACACAUAUAUUCUGGAGGUCUUUGGCCCUUUACUGGCUUUUGUGCGAGUCUGGGUAGAACUGCUCAUCAUACGGCCUGCAGCGACCGCUGUGAUAUCCCUGGCAUUUGGACGCUACAUCCUGGAACCCUUUUUUAUUCAUUGUGAGAUUCCUGAACUUGCAAUCAAGCUCAUAACGGCGGUGGGACUAACGGUGGUGAUGGUCCUCAACAGCACGAGCGUCAGCUGGAGUGCUCGGAUCCAGAUUCUCCUCACCUUCUGCAAGCUCAUGGCUAUUCUGAUCAUUAUAGUCCCCGGAGUGGUGCAGUUAAUUAAAGGGCACACACAGCACUUCAAAGAUGCCUUUUCAGGAAGAGAUGCAAGCAUCAUGGGCUUGCCCCUGGCUUUUUAUUAUGGAAUGUAUGCGUAUGCUGGCUGGUUUUACCUCAAUUUUGUUACUGAAGAAGUAGAAAAUCCUGAAAAAACCAUCCCCCUGGCCAUCUGCAUCUCCAUGGGCAUUGUCACCGUGGGCUACGUGCUCACCAACGUGGCCUACUUCACCACGCUCAGCCCCGAGGACCUGCUGCUCUCCAAGGCCGUGGCCGUGACCUUUUCGGAGCGGUUGCUGGGGAAUUUCUCAUUAGCAGUGCCCAUCUUUGUUGCCCUCUCCUGCUUUGGUUCCAUGAACGGCGGUGUGUUUGCUGUCUCCAGGCUGUUCUAUGUGGCGUCGCGAGAGGGUCACCUUCCUGAGAUCCUCUCCAUGAUUCACAUCCGGAAGCACACGCCUCUGCCAGCCGUGAUCAUCCUGCAUCCUUUGACAAUAAUAAUGCUGUUUUCUGGAGACCUCUACAGUCUUUUGAAUUUCCUCAGUUUUGCCAGGUGGCUUUUUAUUGGGCUGGCAGUUGCUGGGUUGAUUUAUCUUCGAUACAAACGCCCAGAUAUGCAUCGUCCUUUCAAGGUGCCGCUGUUUAUCCCAGCUCUGUUCUCCUUCACCUGCCUCUUCAUGGUGGUCCUCUCCCUUUAUUCCGACCCGUUCAGCACGGGCAUCGGCUGUGUGAUCACGCUCACUGGGGUGCCUGCCUACUAUCUCUUUAUUAUAUGGGACAAGAAGCCCAGGUGGUUUAGAAGAGCCUCAGACAGAAUAACCAGAACAUUACAGAUAAUACUGGAAGUUGUGCCAGAAGAAGAUAGUCAGAAAUUGUGAACUAAUGCAUUGAAAUCUUAGCAAUCUGCCAGGACAGAAAGGCAAUAUGGAUCUAUACUUCAUUUUCUGGAAAUCCAGAUAAACGCCACUUUG